AUGCAGACGUGCCAUGCUUGCAAAGGCCUGGAUGAAAGCCUUCCACUCAGCCAAGGCAUAUCGCUCCGAGAGCUCGCUUCAGUCGCGGCUGAGGGCUGCGAGACAUGCGACCUGUUAUGUCGCUCCAUCGAGGCUAUCGGCGAGGAGGAGGCUGAGGAAGGAAGCUUGAGGCUGGGCUGGGACACGAACAGGAUUCAAGGUCUACGUGUCGUUGUUGGAAGACAUGACACGGGGCAGUUUUUGUAUAGCAUCGACAUGUCUCCGUAUAAAGGGCACGAAAAUCGAGUACCAUGGACACGGCCAAAAGCUGGCGAGAAACCGGUGGAAAUAUCUGGGGAUACAAGCUCCGAGGCGGCACGUUUGGCGAUCAAAAGAUGGUUAGAGAGUUGCACAUCAAGCCAUCAGUGCCGCAAAACCGCCCCUGUCUCUCUUCCUACUCGUGUCCUCGACGUGAGAAACCUCAACCAUAUCUAUCUUCAUUGUGCUGAGCCUGGGGAAGAAGAACAAUAUGCUUGUCUCAGUCAUUGCUGGGGAACAGAGCAGACUAUGAAAACUACUUCUGCUAAUCUCACAUUGCACCGGGAUGACAUUCCUUGGCAAGAGAUGCCCCAAACCUUCCGGGAAGCUGCACAGGUUGCAUUUUCUCUGGGAAUACCUUAUCUUUGGAUAGACUCUCUAUGUAUCAUACAAGAUUCCAAGGACGACUGGCAGAAAGAGUCGGCUAAGAUGGCGUCCAUCUAUGCAAACAGCGUCCUCACAAUUGCGGCCUCUCUCGCCGCGGCAGAUGACAAAGGACUCUUUAGCAAGUCUCCGAAAUCCCACCGAUCUCAAAUGAUCGAGACAAAAGCGAAGCCUGGGUCCCAAUUGUGCAUGAUGCAGGUCCGAAAGACGCUCACACAUGGCCACGGCCCGAGUCCUCUCCCCCUCAUGCGCCGCGCUUGGGUCCUGCAGGAAAGACUCCUGUCCCCGAGAGUCAUACACUUCCUCCCCGAAGAGCUUGUGUGGGAAUGCAUGGAAAGUACGUCGUGCGAGUGUGGUUGUAUUCGCUCUCUCUGGUCCCCGGGACAUGAGCCUUUUCUUAAAGAUCUGUUGCACGAGAUGGUGCUUUCUAAACUUUCGCUUGCGGAGGUCAGGGCGCAGUGGCAUCUCUUAAUCAGGGAGUAUUCUCGACUCGAGUUGACGUUCCAUACGGACCGGCUGCCGGCGGUUUCGGGUGCGGCUCGAAAGUUUUCUAGAUUCUUCCAAUGUCAGUAUUUAGCAGGCAUGUGGCGUACGGGGCUGUUGCGAGAUUUGAUUUGGGAGAGGAAAAGUGCAAUAUCUGGGUCGAAGAGAUUGACAUACAUACCUACCUGGUCUUGGGCGUCGAUCAUAGGGGCACAGGUAGUCGUCGACGAAGCCAUGGCGACCGAUGACCUUGCCGUCGUUCUCGACGCUGAGUGUAGUUUAGUGAUGGGGGCAGGCGAGUUUGGGGAAGUCAGUGGAGGUAUUCUCACCUUGUCUGGGGUAUUGGCUCACAUCUCGAUAAGUUACUCCAUUCAAGGAGAGGUAGUGAUCUCUCUGAUGAACACGGAGGAAUCACAAAUUCCGAGGGAGACGUAUUUGAAGUACAUCCCUGACACUGAAGGCGUUCGACAUUCUGGGCCUGGCCUGGUUGCCAUACAAGCAGUGCUUCGGAGGGGAGUUUAUGAUAGUGAAAGAGAUGAGGAGAUAUGGUUCGUACUGAGACUUGUUGAAGGUAGUGCCCAGAGAUAUCAACGAGUUGGACUGCUCAAAAUGGAGCCUGGAGGGAUGAAGGAAGGAGAAAUCUCCAGUGUACAUAUCGUAUGA